UCGGUUCAGACGUACAUACACGCUAAGUGGGACGGGACGCGGUGCUCGGCCAUGAUACACCGAGGGAGGACUGUCAUACGUGUACCACAUAAACAUAUCCAGCAUGGGGAAACCUAAAGUGUCGAUCGUUUUCCCUGAUUGUGAAACAUCUAGGAUUUUGGUGUGCGAGUUGCCAUGGUUUCCCCGCUGCUUCUUGGUGCGGUGUGUGGAGUCUCUGUGGUAGCUGUUGCUGUCGUCAUCAUCAUCGUGUACAUACUUUAUCGUAAACGGCACAGAGCAACGUCUUGUAUUACAAGCCACAGCGGAUACGAGGCUGUCGGGGAGUGCAAGCCGCCAUCUUUGUUGUCUUUAACGUCAGGGUCUCAGGAAAUUUCUAUCACCAAAGAGAAUCGGCCGGUACAGCCUCGUUCUGCAUCCAUGUCUACUACGUCACGUGGGAGUCUGCGCAGUGAGCAAUUCACCGACGACACCAGCAGUCUCAGUGCUAAGAGCGACGCUAGUGUUGACAGUCUGGUGUUUGAAGCCAACUUUGGUGCUAUUCGUCCAGAUCUGUACCCUCGUCGAGACGUUGUUCUUCAGCAGUCUUCCCUGGAUGGCGGGCACGGUCGUCUUCACACAAGGCUCAAUUACGACUUCAGAACGUCGGAUCUGGUCGUGCACAUGAUCGAAGCCCAAGACCUGCCGCUUUCCGAACUUCUAGGAGGAUUUAGUGAUCCCUACAUACGUAUUGCAUUAGUGCCGAGUGUUGAUGAGCGUAUCCGACAGUCAUCCGUCAAGAGGAAGACCUCUAACCCCUACUAUAACGAACGCUUCAAGUUCCCUGUUGCCUUUGACGAAGUGAAGGACAAGCUGUUGGUGUUCCAUAUAUAUGAUUAUGACAAGUUCUCUCGACAUAACGUCAUAGGCGAAGUCCAGGUUGACCUAGGGAAGGUUGAAAUCAGCAAUAGUGUCGAGAUGUGGUGUGACAUUCAGAAACAUCAAAAGGCCUCUGGUAUACUGGGUGAGCUGCUGGUGUCACUGAGUUAUCUCCCAACAGCCGAACGACUCACAGUGGUUAUAAUGAAGGCAAAGGAACUGACCGUCUCCAACAACCCACCCUCUGCAGAUCCCUAUGUCCGGUUGACUCUCCUUGUUGAAGGAAAGAAGAUCAAGAGAAAGAAGACUUCUGUUAUACGUAGUUCAACAAAUCCAGUCUGGAACGAGGCCCUUACUUUCAACGUUCCGGCGGAUGUGCUGCCAAAGGUGGGCCUGGAGUGUUGUGUUAUGGACCAUGAUCUGAUUGGACACGGGGAAAUCAUUGGCCGGUGUAUGCUGGGCCCGGAGAGGCCCGGGAAGGAAGGCAAUCACUGGAAUGAAAUGCUCCAUAAUCAGAGAAAGUCAAAUGCCAUGUGGCAUAACCUUAGGAAGUAACUACCAAGUCCUUGUGAAGUCGUAUAAUUGUUCACUGCUAACACUGAUUGCUGUUCAAACGUGGCUCCAGGGAAUGCGCGACAUAUGCAGUCGGUGUACUGAAGAAUACCUACAAAACUACAAACACAUUGGAAAUCGUUUGCGUUUCAAGUUGGUAUUUGUAAUGACCUUAUAAGAUUUGAGCAGAAUUUGAGACCAUUUUUCGCAUGGGGCAAUACAAGCCACAGUUACUGCCUGAAGAUGGAAUCGAUACAUGGAUUGUUUUAAUGUAACUGUCACUUGGUGCCAACUAAAAUGGACUCGAGUGGCUUUUAGGCACAGGUGCUAGACAUUGUGAACGGAUUGAACAGUGACAAUGACCAAUGUUCAAACUCGAAUUAUUGUUUAUCAACAGCAACCAUUCCUGUGUGAAAUUUCUAUUUUGGUAUUUAUAUUAUAUAAAUUAUAUACUGAGAGAUGAGACAAUACGAUCCAUCCGGACCACCUUUUAAGCAAGGUUGGGAAAGUAAAGUGACAGCAGAGAAAAGUAUGCUUUCCGGGUCCUUGCUGUAUUUUGCACAUGCCUUUAUAUGUGCUUAGGCGUUAACUAGCCCCUCCACGAGCUACGGAUAAGUCAGGUCUCUGUUUGACUGCUGAGUGAAAUAACACUUGUACGUUAUUGAUACAGAUCAAUAUACGUACCAUUUGUAUCCUGAAUAGCAGAACAUGGCUUGGACCUCAUACGAUGUCAUUUGUUUGUACAUAAAACUAUUGUAAACAUUGUACAUUUUGUAAACUGAAUAUAAUGGUUUAGUUGUAAUGUUUGUCUAUGGCCAUUUGUCUACCAGAAACACUACAUCUUACGGAUACUUACCUGUAUUGUUUGAAUAUUAUCUGAAUGAAUUGUAACCACAUACAGCUCGUCAUGUAUGAGACACAUAUAAACCAAAUCAACUACGUUCUAACUUCAUAUUCGUUGAGUAAGAUAUGUUAACAUAGAUGUAGUGAACCUAUUUUCACUGGAGAAAACAACAUACAAGAAAAACCAUGCAAUGUGUCGAAAAAUUGUGUGUAACGUAUAUACUAUCUAUACAAUAUUUCAUGAAGUGAAAUUUAUUCCAUUCCAUAAUUGAUGAUGACAAAAUGCUUCCAAGCAUGUGAAGCGUCUUAGUUGUUUGUGUAGACAUUUAAGUGAUGUAACGUAUUUAACAAUGUAGUUAAAACUUGUAUUAGUAUUGUGAUACAGGUAUGAGUAAGUCACAAGCAAGUUUCAAGUUAUGCUUUCUUCUAUGUACCAUUUCGGGGUAUGAUGUUUAGGCAAGAAGUGGCAUCCUGGUGGGCACCACUUACGCUCCCUUCUUGCUGAUCCGUUUCGUUAUGAAUAUGAAUCAGAAUUUCUGCUCGGGUUGGCAAAGUCAAAACAAGGUUAUUUGGCCAAGAAGUUUAACUCAAGCUUCUUGUGUAUCGAUGAUCUGAUAUCGUUCUUUUACCCUCCAGUAGUCCUUCUGAUUUACUCAGCUGAACUUAGAAUAAGAAGACCAGUGAGACCGCCUCGUCUGUUUCUCAUUUAAAUCUAUGCAUUAAGAUUCAUAAAGAGUGACUCUCCACAGGACUGUAUGACAAGACAGAUGAUUUCGACUUUCCAAUAGUCAACUUUCCAAUUAUGUCGAUAUUCAUGUAGCUCCAGCCCUUGGUGUCUACAUUUCAACUUUAUUUUGCACCAUCAUUCAAAAUUUCAAAGAGCGUCAUACAUUGCUCAGAAGUUGUCUGAAGUUCUAACAAGUUUUAUUGCGGACAUGUGGAGGACAUUUCCACAUUUGACGCAUCAGUGACAAUAUUUACAAAAUAUUACCUGAUAUUAAUAUUACGAGCAUAUACAUAUCCAAUUGUUUAGAGAAUGAGUUGUAAAGAACAUGAAAGCUUGUCUGCAUACAGAACGACGUUUUGUCAACAGGAGUAAAGAGGUGAUAACGUAAUUUUAAUUUUUAAAAAGGUGAAAUAUUUCAAAUAUUUUUCAUCAUUAAUAUAACAACAGUAUCACUUUACAGCAUCCUUUUGUUGUACAAGUCAAAGUAGAAGCCGUAUAAAGUUAAUAUAAGGCAUGUGAUAAAUUCAUGCUUAAAAAUCAGAUAUGUCCCAGACAUGCAGCACAUUCCAGCGUAGAAUCUUGUUACAGUAACACACACUUGGCAGGUGACUAGAACUAGAAUUAGGUGACCACGGUGACUGACCUCAGCUGAUCACCGACUUUCGGGCCUUGUCUGGCUUCAUUAGUAGGAGGUCCAAUCUUGACAGCACGACUUAGUGGACAAACUGCCAACUAGGGUUUCUUGUCGCAGUCUUCUGGUCUUCUAGUCUAUAACCAUGUAUCUCAUAUACUGAUGCUGUGAUACUCGAACUUAGUAGUACGGUUCUUGUGUGUGAUGCUGUAGUUGUAUAUUACACGAUUCCUGUAUGCAUUAUUAUACAUAUAUUCGUUAAGAGGUCUUGUUUUAGGUUAUGUCUUUGUACAUAACUCUGCACUUCUUGGGUGUUUUGAAACCUUUUGAAAUAUUGUACAAAUGCCUUCAACUCAACUGUCUCCAUACCCUAUAAUCUUUCAUCUUAAUGCCUUAAGUGUUUAUUAUCUGAAUACUGUAGCACACCAAGACCAGCUACGUUGGAUUUGUGAAUGAACAAUAGUUGUUUGUUCUAUACGUUUUCUUACUUAGCUUUCCACCAGCAUGUAACGUUUACUGUUUCAAAGACAGUCGUGGGCGGUUCUUCAACGCCAAAGGUUUCGAAUGCUAUCAGAGGAUUAAAUUGCGGCAAAAGGUAUAACAGUCUUUUGAAUUGUAAUAUAUCACAUUGCAACCACCUGGCAAAAUGAGUUCCAUAGAUGCUUCCUCCUGCAGCUCAUCGCGAAAAUACAAAUUACGACGAAUAGUACUAGUGAAUAGGGCAACCUUAAUGCAACUUGUUUUGAUGUUCUUCCAUGUAUCAAGUGUUUCCAACAUAGUGUUUAUUAUGGAUAAUUCAGGCCACAACUAUUUGAUUUAUUGCUUCUUGUUACCGUUAUUUAUACUUCGUGUUACCCUUAUUUAUGCUUCUUGUUACCGUUAUUCUGGUCAGUCAGAAAUGUUUCUAACAUGAAUAUGUCAUAACAAGGUACAAAUCACCACAUUUAUCUGCAAAAUUACAUCUGAUGGAAAAUAUUCCCCGUCCGAGGUUAAAAAAAACCAUUGGUAUAUUUUCACGAGUAAAUUAUUGUUAUAUAGAUAUAAGUGUAAUGGCAUAACAUUCAUAAAUCAAGAAAGAUAAUAUAUGUGGUAUGAUUAUAGCAGAUAGAUCGUCAUACAGCUCCUAUUUUCGGGAAAAUCUGAAGAACAAAUAAUCAAAUUGUUAUGGCCUUAUCCGAAUCGUAUUGAAGAGUUGGCGUUUUAUCAUGAUAUAUUUUCAGAUGUAGUCUUAAGUUAUAUUUUCAUACUGAUCUAAUGCAAUGUGAAUGUCAUUGUAUGUUUAUAUAGUGAGGGCUGCUCAGAAGCUACGUUCCACUUUAAAUCAGUCCAAGUUUGUUCUUGUGCGUCAAGAAAAUCGAUUGCAGCAAUACUAAGAUUUAUCUCACCACACAGCGCCCUUAAAUAUGGAACUCCGAUUCAGUGAUAUAGUUGUAUUUUCUUUUGAUCCUUUACUAAUUGAAGAGCCGGCGUCAUUGUGCUAUGUCAUGAAAUCGAUGUUCCCCUCCCCCAAAUCCUGCCAGUGUCUACGUGCAUGCAUGUGGCAUUAGUAUUCCAUACAUAUUGAUGACUGCCCACGCGCUUGGCAUAAUGUAGUACCUUUGGCAUGAUAGAUUACACGGCGACACCCCACCCUACUUCAAUCUACUGCUGAUCCUAGCGCAACGACUAUUUUAGAGCAUUGGGAUUACCGCCGUCUGAGGUCAAUUUGAUGAACAAGGCUCAGUGGUUGAAAUUGUUUACUAAGAGUUUUUGUGUGAUUGAAAUAAAAUAAAUGCGGAUGUAAGCAAAAUACAGUUUUCAAAAUCGCAUUGUUUAUGUUCUAUUUUAAAUCAAAUCCACGAUAUAGAACAGUGCCAAGGGAAAAGAAGACUUUAGGUGUCACCACGAUACAAUCCGCAGGAGUUAACUGGAUCCAAGGUUAACGGCAUCAGGUGGUGUAAGUACUCGGUGACAGUUCGAUCUUAAAUAUAAGUUGUCAAUGCAAGAGACAAACCAGUCUGGAUUUUCCACCGAAACAGAUUAAAAGCCAUUGAUUCCUAAUCAUCAGAAUUAAUAUCUAUUUCGAUAGUUAAUAACACUACAUCAAAGUCACGUUUGUCCGCUAGACAUAUCAACCUUUAUUAUUGUGUCAUAAUGAUAAUAUAUAAUGCAGUUUCAGCUUUAUUAUUAAAUUCAUUUACCUAUAUUUAUGAUAUCCGUAAUGCGGUGACAAGAGUUGUUAUAUACACCUUGUGUCCUUUCAUGAUCAAUAUUUAUCAAAGUGUUCAAUAUUGAUUACCCCCACAAAAUUUGCCCUUUUACAGUCUGUACACAGUGUCUGUGUAUGUUGCCUCUGUAUUGUUAUUGAAGUCGAUGUGGAUAUUUAUGUGCCAGUUAUUCAAGAGCAUUGUGUACAUACGUAAAUUAAUGCAUUGUGGUAUACGUCAUGCACGGUCAACUAAGAUUUUGCCGUUUAUGCCUCCAAAUGUCGUUGGUCUUAAACACGUAUUCUUCUUGUUAAUGUUCUGCUUACCUUGUAAUGCCAGAUGUAAAUAUAUGAAACUAUAUUUUUAUGUAAAGUGAUGAAAGCGAUCGUGUAUAUUUUGGUGACAAUUUUAUGUUACAAUUUCAUUUACAUUGUUUUUGCCAGUCUGUCAGUGCGUAUUUGGAUCAAAUAAACACGACUAUAAAAUA